GUCAAAAGUUUACACUGAACGUUUCUCAGGUUUCUUAGCAAUAACUGUUUUGAAUUUAUUGAAGGGUUUUUAAAAUGAGCUCCUCCAACGGGAAGAUCAUCACUAUAAUUGGAAGUGGGCUGAUAGGCCGCUCUUGGGCCAUGGUGUUUGCCAGCGGAGGCUUCCAAGUGAAAAUCUAUGACAACCAACCAGGACUGGCUGCUAAGGCCAUCACGGAUAUCAGGAAGCAGUUUGGGGAGUUAGAGGAGGCCCACAUGCUAAGAGGAGAACUGAAAGCUACAGAGCAGUUUGCCCUGUUAAGCAGCCACGAUGACCUGGCCCAGGCACUAGAGGGAGCCUUCUUUGUUCAGGAGUGUGUUUUUGAAGAGCUGGAGGCCAAGCGCAGCGUCUUCCAGGCUGUAGAGAGUCACGUUGGAGAAGAUGUGAUUCUAAGCAGCUCCACUUCCUGUCUGUUGCCUAGCAAUGUCUUCUCUCGGGUACAGAACCGGAGCCACUGCCUUAUCUCUCACCCGGUGAACCCCCCUUACUAUGUGAAACUGGUGGAGCUGGUACCCCACCCGGAAACUUUAGCAACUGUUAUGGACACCGUCCAUGCCCUGAUGACCCAAGUUGGCCAAGCACCUGUCUGUCUGAAGAAGGAGAUUGACGGCUUUGCCCUCAACAGAGUGCAGUACGCCAUCAUUGCAGAGUCGUGGAGACUUGUCCAGCAUGAAACACCCCCCAGACUUCUCCAGAUUCCAGAAUCCAAGAACUAUGAGUUAGUUAUGAUGUCGAAUGGCAAAGAAGGGGUCAUCUCGGUACAGGACAUUGACCUGGUGAUGUCUGAAGGACUGGGGAUGCGUUAUGCCUUCAUAGGUCCCAUGGAAACAAUGCACCUGAAUGCACCUGAAGGCUUACUCUAUGACUACAGUAGCAUCACAUAG